GGCGCGGCGUCGGCGUCGGCAGCGGCGGCGCGCGCGCAUUCGCUUUCACUCGGUCCGCGGGCAAUUGCGGGUACGAUUGUGUUGUGUUCGCGCACCGCCGCCGUUUGCGCGAUUUCAAUGCUCCAAGAUAAAGAAAAGGCCGAGCACCGCGCGCACCUAUCUUAUCGGAACCACUCUAUUGAUCACUCAUCAUUAUAUCGCGAUCGGCGCGCAUCGCACCGCUGACCGGACCACCUUUAUUGUCCAAUUUACAGUGUAGACGUGUACGCUUUAUAGGCGCGAUGUUACCGGUGAAGUCAUAAUGUGUAUCGGACCGAAAUAGAAAUACAGUGGUUAGCAGGAAAAUAGUAUCAAUAACAAAAGAAUUGUGGUUUGUAAUCGAACGGAAAUGGCGGCCAAAUCGCCUACGGGCAGCGUUCGGGAAGCGAUCGGCGUGGAACAGUUCAGUCAGCGACGCGAGGUGUUUGACAAGCAGGAGGGCGCGUUCGUGCCUCUGCCCGCACCCGCCAGCUCCCCGCCCGUCUACCGUGAAGUCGAUCCCAUCGUCACUUCCAACCACGGCAAAACAACCGCCAACUUCAAACGCAACGCGCCCGCAUACUCCAGCAUGCGCGAAUCGAGGAGCGAUGACCGGAAUCAUUUUGAAUUCCGCACAAGAAAAUACUCUGACAACUUCACUUCCGAGCUUAACCAGAGCGACGAUGUCGAUUACAGGACAAGCAUGACCGAGAGGACUAGACGUCUAUCAAAACUGAGAAGAGACUUCUUGAACUCAAAUCUGCACGAGCCCAGCGCGAGCCCGCAAUUCCAGCGAGCCGGUGUCCGCGCUUCGAUGCCGACUAAAAGUUCUUCGGUGGUGAAAUAUAAAAUCGAAAGCCCUAAUUUGUACAAGUUUCCGUUUGCCGAGCCGUACUCCACGCCGACGCCGGUACGUAGAGUGGUGGUCGAUUUGGGAUCGCCAGAAGUCGACGGGAAAGAAAACGAAGAUCCAGAGGCGAAAAUGAGGCAUCAGAGUUUGCCCGACCACGGUGUGUCUUCAAAGGUCGAUCAUCAAAAACUUUUCGAAGAAUUAGUUAAACGUUACUCGCCUCAGCGUAAACCUAUCGACUGGUCGAUACCGCCAACUCGGCCGAGAGUCGUGGCCUCGGUGCCCAAAUCAAUUUCAAGCGGAACCGAUAGCGUCGAUAGCGACGACAAAAAAUCCCAAGAUGACAAAAUGAACGGUGCAGAAAACGAUGAUGUAUUUGAAAAAAAGAUUGAUUCAGAAAGAGAAAAGAAUAAAAAGGAACCUAACGAUGUACAGGAGAAUAAUAUCAAAAUACAAAACGGUCCUGAAGUAAUACUCGAAGCGAAUGAUGUAUUCAAGGAUACGCUAAUAAAAAAUCAAUUAGAAAAUAACAACGAAUCAAAAACAUCCUUAACUGAGUUGGAAGAGAAGAAUGAUAGAGUACCAGAAUUAUCGCCGCUUCAGCGUCAAAUAAGUAGAGAGAGUCAUAAAAAACAAACACCAAACACUGACCUGACAAUACCGAAGUUAAUAGAGAAAAUAUCAGUGGAAGGCGACAAUCUAGAACAGAAAACUACUAAAGGUAAAAAAGUUAAAAGAAAGCGAAGUUUCUUAGACAAGCUUCUAGGUCGUAAUAAGGAGAAAUGAUAAGAUAAUCAGUGAUACAAAAUCGAUAUUGCAAAACAGCAUUGCAGUAAAAUAAACCUGCCAAAGAUUAAGUCAAGAUUACUGUGUUGUUACGACGAAAUGACGUCAACGUGUGUAAUCUUUCUAAAUUAGAAAUAAACAUACAAAAUUAUUUGACUGUCGAUAUUGUUAUAAGUUUUUUAGUGUGACAAAAUACGAAGGCCGAACGUCUUUUUUAUUUUAUCUAAAUGCAAUGGGUGGGUUAUCAGUUAACUGAUAAUUUGUGUGCCAUGUGACACGCCCUAUCUAUAAAAACUUAUUCCAAUGAAGUAAAACAUUUUGAAGUCUUAUUUAAUAUUAAUCUAGGUAUUUAUUAACUGCAUUAAAUUAUUAAUUCGUUCGGUUUGGAAUUUUUCCUGUAAAUGUGUUGUGUACACUUUGUAUAAAUUAUAUUUGUAAAUAUUGUUUUCAUAGUAUUAUAC